AUGUCGUUGAGCCCAAAGCACACAACGCCUUUUUCAGUGACAGACAUCCUGAGCCCGAUCGAGGAGACCUACAAGAAGUUCAGCGGCAUGGAAGGUGCUGGCAACCUUGCAGCUCCUCUGGGAGGUUACCGCCAGCCUCAGGUCUCUCAGGCGACCAUGCAGCAGCACACCAUGGGUCACAACGCCACGGUGGCGACCACCUAUCACAUGCCACACGGCGUCUCCCAGUUCUCUCACAGUGCCAUGGGAGGCUACUGUAACGGGAGCAUUGGCAACAUGGGGGAUCUUCCGUCUUACCAAGAUACCAUGAGGAAUGGCGCCGCAGCUACUGGCUGGUAUGGAUCAAAUCCCGAUCCCAGAUACUCAACAAUUUCUCGCUUCAUGGGAACGUCCUCUGGAAUGAAUAUGGCGGGAAUGGGAGCUUUAACUGGAAUGGCAGACGCCGCCAAACCAAUGGCACCUUUACACGCUACGCCCAGGAGGAAAAGAAGGGUGCUGUUUUCUCAGGCCCAAGUCUACGAAUUGGAACGUCGCUUCAAACAGCAGAAGUAUCUGUCCGCUCCAGAAAGGGAGCAUCUAGCCAGCAUGAUCCACCUGACACCAACGCAAGUAAAGAUCUGGUUUCAGAACCAUCGCUACAAGAUGAAACGCCAGGCCAAGGACAAGGCUACCCAACAGAUGCAGCAGGAGAACAACCUGUGUCAACAGCAGCAGUCUCCCAGGAGAGUGGCCGUGCCAGUUCUUGUCAAAGACGGUAAACCGUGCCAGAAUGGCUCGAGUACUCCGGCUGCCAACCAACAGCAACAGCAGCAACAGAGUACGAACGGGAUCCUUCCGGUCGCCACCACGACCAUCUCGCAACAGCAACAGAGUCAACAAGUGAAUUCGCUCGCUCAGGCUCAAGACCUGGGCCAGGUAUCGCCAAAUCCGACGUCCCUCCACAGUUCGGUUACUAAUAUGUCCCAAAUGGACUCAGGUACUGCGGACUACACGGGGAGUAUGGUAAAUCCCAGCCUGCUCUACGGCAGGACCUGGUAG